CUGCGUUCCUUACCACAAUUUCUCUUCUUUCUUUGUUAACACCAUCAAGCCAUUCACUUUUUUUCCAUUUUCACCUUCAACUAUCAUCUCUCUCUCAAAAUUGAAAAUUCCAUGGGUGCAUGCUUGAGUAAGAAGAAAGGGUCUUCUACAGCAACAACCAAAUCAGCUGCUUCUUCCACAGUGCCUGAGCUGAAGAAUAAUUCUCCUUUUUCUGUUAGUGGUGUUGUCAAUGUUUCCAAACCCAAUGUGGAAGAAGUGAAACUGAAGAAGGACAAUUCAAAGAAAGGGAAAGAAGAGAAGAAGCAUGAGACGGUGCCACCAGAACCUGAAGGGCAUGUGAAAAAGGAGAUAUUCAUCAUCAAGCACAGGAAGAACCAUGAUGAUAAUAAUAAUAGAGUCAGAAACAAUUCCAAUUCCAAUUCCAAGUCCCCACCUUUCACUGAAGAAUCAACAAUAUGUGACAAAACAGCACCAACAGCAAACAUGGGUGGUGGUGGUGGUGUAGGAGUGAGGACUUCAAGCUGUACCAAAGAAGAGGUGGAUGCAAUUCUCAUCCAGUGUGGGAGACUUAGCAGAAGCUCUUCAGGUAAUGCCAUUGCUGCUGAACAUAAGAGAAGGUACUCAGGCUCAAAGAGAAGCUACGAUUUUGACCACUGUGACAAUGACACUGUUUCCAAUGAUGAUGACUCAAAGAAGGUCAAUGCCAAUGAGAGCAACAGUGAUCUGUGUGAGGAGGAGAGGCACCAGCACCAGCACCAGCACCGGCCACGCCACCGCCAGUCUCCAAGUCCGAACCGAAGGCCCUCUUCUUCUUCUCAGGAAAGGAGAAGAAGAACACCAAGCAGGGAAAGAGAGCAACAGCAGCAAAGGUCAAGCAGCAGAGAAAGGAGAGUUAGUAGAUCUCCUGGAAGAAGAUCAUCAGAGAACACCACACCUUCCAAUGCAAGAAACAACAAUAGCAGCAACAACACUAGUUCUAGGCCUGGGAAGAUGGUUUCUGUUCCUGCCACUGUUUCAUCACUGGUGAUGGAUAAGAGUAAUAACAAUGGCAGUGGAGAAUCUGGAGCAACCACUGGCAUCAAGAGGAUAGCAGUGAAGAGAAAUGUUGGCGCUGCCUCGCCGCGCUCGCAGUCUCCUGCAAGAGCAAAUGGGAAUGGAGCAAAUGGUAAUAAAGCAUUCAGUGAGAAUCAGCAGCAGCCAUCCCUUAGCCGCAGCAAUUCAAGGAAAGCAGAACAAUCUCCUUACAAGAGAAAUCCAUUGAGUGAGAUUGAACCUAAUUCCCUUGCUUUUCCACAUUCAACAACCAACAAUAGCAGCAGCAGGGUGCAAAACAGACCCAAAAAGGAAUUUGAAACAGAAGCUAAUCAGCAGAAAACAAAUGGCAACAGAACUGCAUCAGACAAGGGUGUGACUAUAAAUUGCAAGACAAAGGUUCAACAAGAGGAAGAUGUGAAAGUGCAGUCUUCAAUUACUGAUAAUGUUGUUGUGAAAACAAUGGUACCCCCAGGGGUUGACAACCUAAAACCACCCUAUACAUUAACAAGAAGCAGAUCUUCGAGGCGAUCGCAGGAGUUAGACAUCAACUGUGAAGCUCUAUUGAAUCCUCCACCACAGUCCUAUGCUUCACUGCUGCUUGAAGACAUCCAGAACUUCCAUCAGAAGAACACACCACCAGUUUCUCUCCCGGCUUGUGUCACCAAAGCUUGCUCCAUCCUAGAAGCCGUUGCUGAUCUCAACUCUAACGCCGGCUUAAAUUUCAGCGGUGGGGAAGACAGGAGAAGUCCACUAGCUUUUCAAUGUAGCAGGAAUGACUACAAUGUUCCAUUGACUACUAAUGAUUAUGGGAAGAGGGAGCCAGACGCCGAGGACCCUGUUGUGGAAUCGAUGUUAGUAUUCAAUGAUGAUGAUGUGAUGGAACCGAACUUGCACAAGUAUGUGACAGUGAAUAGAGGUGGUUCACUUGGUGGUGCGGACAUGGAUGACCAAGAGUCUUCAGGAAGCAACAGCUUCACUGUGAGUAGUGGUCAACAGCAUUGGGGUGUUUCUUCUUCUUCAUGGGAACCAAGUUCAGUUGAAUCGAAAGAUUGCUGGACUUCGAGGUCGAACUACUCCAAAGAGGAAUGUCAGAGAAGUCCAUUAGGCUUGGAAGGAACGGUGGCAUCUGAAGUGGCGGGGCGUGAUGCGGGUGGAGCCAAGAAGAAAUUGAACAGCCAAAGGAGAGAGUGUGAUCAUCAGCAUGGCAGUGGAAUAGGGCGUGGUAGGCUUGGUGCCAAUAAAGUUCUUCACAACAUACCUGUUGUCACAGCAGCUGCAUCCACAUAGAUGUUGUUUUGUUGAAUGGCUUAACCUUCUUGUAUCUUAAAUACUCCAUGAGUUUAACAUUCAUUCUGUUUGGAGUUGCACACUUUGCAGCCAGUUCUCAUUUAAUUAAGGUCCAUAUUAACAAUACUUUU